GAAAGUUUCAGAGCUCAUUUUUAAAAUGAAGUUUCUCUCAAUUGAAUACUGCUGUGAUACAGGUGAUGGAAAAUAUGCACUGAAAUAAUGUUUUCUUCUUAAUUUAUUAGAAUCAGAUUUUUUUGACGUGGAAGAAAAAAUUUGGAAAAUUUAGCAAACUAAGUUUUAAGGGCAGACAAAAUUAAUUCAUGACUCAGAGACGAAAAAGACCACGUGUGAAGAGAUCUUAUUAAAAAAAAGAAGCCCAACAUGUUUUUCAGUGAAAAGCAUAUUUGAUCCAUAUUAUCCAGCUUAAAAUCCUAUGAUUUCCCAAUGGAACUCAAAGAGGCUUCUGAAGUUACCAAAUCCACCUUGAUGCAUUCAUCUUUUUCAAAUUGUCCAGGUUAGAUCAUCUCGGAUGGAGGCAUUUUAUCUUAAAUGUCAACAUUAGAAACACUGAGAUAAAGACCAGGGGCAGCAAUCUGUGAACUGCGGAACUGUGUUAAUUGUUCAUUCUCAAACAUAGAGAUGCCAAUUAAUUCCACACAACCCAGAUUCAAAGCAGCAUGGAGAAAUGGUUCUGAUGUUAGUAUUGCACAUAAAUGAAGAAAGUAGAUGUGUUCCAGCGCCCAGAAAGCUGAUUCUUCAACAGGCACCAAUAGAAGAAUCCCAAUGCAACCAGCAAUUGGCUGGUGGAAUCUUUGUUCAGGCGAAAGGCACCCUAAACCAGCGGCUAGGUGGAGAAAACCCUCUUUCACCCUCACCUUCAGAAUCAACGGAUCAGCCACCUGGGCUCCCGCAGGCUGCGCCACCGUCUCACUCCUGGUGCACGUCUCCCCCUCUCGACCGCCAAGUGCUCACUCCCUCCCGGAGAGCACUUACACAAUGGACUCACUUGUUUCCCUUGAACCUCUCCUUUGACUUCCAGCCCCAGCCCACAACUUGAGCAAGAGUCAGGCAGGAGCCUCUGCCAUGGAGAAUGGACCCGCGAAGCCUUCCAGACGGGCUUGGAAGCACGCGCGCACACGCAGACAAAACAAACAAUGCUUGGUCCACGAAUGAAUAAAUUAACGACACCCAUGCCCCCACCCACUGCUCUGCAACCCGCAAAAAGAAACCCGGAAUGGGGUUUCCUCAGUGAGAUAUUUUGUUUUGUAUUUCAAACUGCAAACAUUCUUCUUUGGCGGCGGCAGAAGAGAUGCUGUGCGUCCUGAUGGCAAUAAAGAUUGACGGUGGCUUAGCCCGAGACAACGCCCCCAGUAUUGCGCUGCGCCAGGUUCCCUGAGAACCGCGAGGGGGAAGCGCAGAUCCAGGGGAAGGGAACAGCAGAGGCAAAGGCAGCUUAGGAGGGAUGAGAAAUGGGAAAUCAGGGAGGAAAAAAAAUGAAUGAGUCAAAUAGGGCUUUAAUAGUGAAACUUCGGGAGAGAAAGGGGUGGGAUCUCUCCCCAGGUAACUACCUUGAGAUUAAAAAAAAAGAUGAAUGCAUAAGGAAGUGGCAAGCAACAACAACUUUGAGGAUUAAAACAAGGUGAGCCAACCAUGACUGGCAAAACACAGACAAGCAAUGUCACCAAUAAGAAUGACCCCAAGUCCAUCAACUCCCGUGUUUUCAUCGGCAAUCUAAAUACAGCCAUUGUCAAGAAAGUUGACAUUGAAGCCAUUUUCUCAAAGUAUGGAAAAAUAGUUGGAUGCUCAGUUCACAAAGGUUAUGCAUUUGUACAGUACAUGAGUGAGCGACAUGCCAGAGCUGCAGUGGCUGGAGAAAAUGCCAGGAUCAUUGCUGGCCAACCACUUGAUAUCAAUAUGGCAGGAGAACCCAAACCAUACAGACCAAAACCUGGAAACAAGAGGCCCCUUUCUGCACUUUAUAGACUUGAGUCAAAGGAGCCUUUCCUGUCUGUUGGUGGUUAUGUCUUUGACUAUGAUUACUACAGAGAAGAUUUCUACAAUCGGUUAUUCGAUUACCACGGGCGUGUGCCUCCACCUCCCCGUGCGGUAAUUCCACUGAAGCGUCCCCGAGUGGCCGUCACAACGACUCGCAGGGGAAAAGGAGUCUUUUCCAUGAAAGGGGGAUCGAGAUCUACCGUCAGUGGGUCAUCUUCAUCAGGCUCUAAAUUGAAAUCAGAUGAGUUACAGACAAUCAAGAAAGAAUUAACCCAGAUCAAAACGAAAAUUGACUCCUUGCUAGGGCGCCUGGAGAAAAUUGAGAAGCAGCAGAAGGCGGAGGCAGAAGCUCAGAAGAAGCAAUUGGAAGAGAGUAUAGAGCUGAUCCAAGAUGAAUGUGUGUCAGAGAAUGCAGAUCACUCUACAGAGGAGCCUGCUGAAGGAGGGCCAGAUGCGGAUGGAGAAGAGAUGACUGAUGGGAUAGAGGAGGACUUCGAUGAAGAUGGGGGUCAUGAGCUGGUAGGAACUAAACACUUGGUGUUCACACCCUUUGGUAACAGCACCAGCAUGUCAGCAACUCAUUCAUUCUAAAAUAAAGAUUUAAUAUUUGGGGCUUAUUUCAUUCUUAUAUGCAUAUAUGUAAGGCAACAUCAGUACAGUGCUUUGCACAUAAUAAGUGCUCAAUACAUUUCUGCUAAUUUAAAAUAUGACAGAGUAAAUUAAUGGACAAUUGAAAUAUUAUAUAUGAGAUUAGUUGUAGUUAAAGUGAAAUAAAUGAAAGAUUGCUCUUUCCCAAAUGCUCCAUCACGAAGGGAAUCUUGCAUUUGAGCAAUUACAUGUGAACGGUACAUGGAUAUAAUAUUCUGGCAACAAACGACCAUCUAAUGGAAAAUACCUGGCUCCCUCUCUUAUUAAAUAGUGUCAUUCAGUGCUGAGAAUUAUCUUUACUAGUUGUAUGGCCAACAGUUGUUUCUAUAGUCUGAAGACUAAGAUGACCCUUGAUAUAUGGCCAGUUCACCAUCGUUAGUGCAUGUGCUGCUUGAUAGCCAGUUUUUAUGAGUUGGGGAUUUAGCCAAGACUUGACUCCUUAUAUGUUUUAUUUUCCCAAUGUUGUUAUAAUCAUAGUGCUCAUUUCUGAUGUCCUUUCCUAUGUAUGUACACCAGGGACUUCGUAAAUAUAUGCUGAUGAGGAUGCGAUUUCUCAUAUUUUAUCAUCCAUGAAAUUAAAUAUACUAUCUUAAAGGGAUUGACUAAUAAAAAUGAUGAGAGUGCAAGUGUGUGUGUGUGCAUGUGUGUGUGCGUGCGUGUUGCCAACUCUCAAAUAUCUAUGGACCAAUCAUAUUAAACUUGACUUAUCCCAGGUAAUAUCAGAUUCCAAUUUGUUAUAAUACCUAUUGUUACUUAACUAAUUUUGUCAUGGUGGUGGCUGUUUUGGUAUGGUAACCACCCUAUCAAUAGUUUCAUUUAGGGAGCUCUAUAUUGAUUUUUAACAUUCCAGUUCUGUUUAAAUUGCAUGGGCCCUUCAUUUAAACCUUUCAAAUUGUCUUUAGAGUCUCUAAUAACCACCCUUUUUUCUCCAGAAGUUGGCAUCAGCUUGAAGGACUCAAGUCACUUUUUAGAAUGGUUUUGAUUUCACGAAUCUAUUAAGCAGGGUAGAAUGAAGGACUAACAGAUCUUUCAGCUUUUCCUCAGGCCAGACUUUAAUUCAAUAACUUAAUUUCCUCAGUCCACUCUAAUCAGACUUCUGUUUUUACCAUUCUGUUGUGAGUGCUUUUGCCAAGGUCUCUGGAGCCCUCAGUGUUGCCAUUUCCAAUGGUUACCUCUCUGUUCUUAUUUUCAUUUACUUCUCAGCAAAAUUUGGCUAAGAAUUGAUUUGGAGAAUUCUGAGAAAUUCUCCUACUAUACCAAUUGCUCAUUCUCAUUUUCCUGU